AUACAGUUAAUUCAGUUGAGCAUUGGACGGCGGAGCAAGCGCACGGAUAACUCGAAAUACGGAUUGGAUUGCAAACUGGGACGGCUCGGUGCGCUGGUGGUGAAGUUGAAAAAUAAAGAAGAAGAAGAAAAAAACAAGAAGAUAAUAAGAAAAGAAAUAAGCAAAAAAGCUCUACCAUAAUGUGUUAAAUAAAAGAAUAAAACUGCAAAAAGGAUAGUGUGUUUAACGAAAAGAGAGAGAGAGAGAAGAGAGAGAGAGAAAAAAACAAAAUUCAUUUUGUGCCAAAGUACAAAUAUUCUAAGAUGAGACUAAAUAAAUGGAGUUUCUUCGCUGUGCGAAGGCAACUCUUAUGUGGCACUCUGCUAUUGUGCUUAUUCAUGCAACAUGCACCGACAUCUAGCGCGGCGGGGCAUGGUCCCACCACCUUCAUGCCUGCCUUGGAAUGCUAUGAUCAAUAUGGGCGACCGCAAAAAUGUAUGCCAGAAUUUAUAAACGCUGCCUAUCAACUGCAAAUCGAGGCCACAAACACUUGUGGUGAGAACGGCGAGAAUCACUUUUGUAUACAGACUAUGAAUCCCUAUCAUAAAAACUGUGAAGUCUGUAGAUACACAGAUCACUAUCCGGCGUAUCUCACCGAUCUGCACGAUCCACAGAAUCCCACGUGGUGGCAAUCGGAAACCAUGUACGAGGGCAUACAACACCCGAAUCAUGUCAAUUUAACGCUGCACUUGGGCAAAUCAUACGAUAUCACCUAUGUGCGCAUACUCUUCCGCUCGCCACGUCCCGAAUCGUUUACGAUUUAUAAACGCACCUCGGAGACUGGUGAAUGGAUACCAUAUCAAUACUAUAGUGCAACGUGUCGUGACACAUAUUCACUACCCGAUUCACGUGCCAUUCUGAAGGGUGAAGGCGAAGCGCAUGCACUCUGCACGAGUGAAUACAGUGACAUCUCGCCGUUGCGUGACGGUGAAAUCGCUUUCUCCACACUAGAGGGACGACCGAGUGGUAUCAUAUUCGAACGGAGCGGUGAAUUGCAGGAAUGGGUCACAGCUACCGACAUACGCAUCACCUUGGAUCGCCUCAACACGUUCGGUGAUGAGCUCUUCUACGAUGCACAAGUACUCAAAUCAUAUUUUUAUGCCAUCUCUGAUAUUGCCGUGGGCGCACGUUGCAAAUGUAACGGUCAUGCGAGUAAAUGUGUCGAAAGUACCGGUAUGCAUGGCGAACGUAAGUUGGUUUGCGAAUGUCGUCACAACACCGACGGACCGGAUUGCGAGAAAUGUUUGCCAUUGUAUAAUGACGUCAAAUGGAAAAGGGCAACAUCCACAGAAGUCAACGAAUGUAAAGCUUGCAACUGCAAUGGUUUCGCCGACAAAUGCUUCUUCGAUGCGCAUCUCUUCAAUUUAACCGGCCAUGGUGGGCACUGCUUGGACUGUCGUGAGAAUCGUGAUGGCCCCAACUGCGAGCGCUGCAAGGAGAACUUCUACAUGCGCGAGGAUGGCUACUGCAUCAACUGUAAUUGUGACCCCGUGGGCUCACGUUCGCUGCAGUGCAACAGCCAUGGCAAGUGUCAGUGUAAGCCCGGCGUGACUGGCGAGAAGUGCGAUCGUUGCGAUAAUAACUACUAUCAGUUUGGACAACAUGGCUGCCAGCCCUGUGGUUGCGAUUCACGCGGUUCGGCCGAUAAUGUGCCGUCGUGUAAUCCGAAUACGGGAAUUUGCCACUGUAAGGAGAACGUCGAGGGCAAACGUUGCAAUGAAUGUAAACCUGGCUUCUUCAACUUGGAUCAGACGAAUCGUUUUGGUUGCACACCGUGCUUCUGUUACGGCCAUACCUCCGAGUGUCAGACUGCGCUCGGCUACUCUAUCGUCUCGAUUACGUCGAACUUUAACAAACACAAAGAACGUUGGACCGCCAUUGAUCUAUACAAUCGCGACGUGGAUAUCAAAUAUAAUCAAUAUAGUCGCAGUAUCGGCACUACAGCACAAGGCAAUGAAUAUAUUUACUUCUUAGCGCCCGAGCGCUUCCUUGGCGAUCAGCGCGCAUCCUACAAUCGCGAUUUGAAGUUCAAACUGCAAUUGGUUGGCCAAGUAGCGCCGAGCACCAGCGCUAGUGAUAUCAUUCUGGAAGGUGCUGGCACUAAAAUUUCUCUACCCAUAUUUGGCCAGGGUAACGGCAUGCCUGAUCAGAGUGUAAAAGAUUACUCUUUCCGUCUACACGAACACCGUGACUAUCAGUGGCAACCCAGUCAAUCCUCACGCGGUUUCCUUUCCAUACUCUCGAAUUUGACAGCGAUUAAGAUACGCGCCACCUACUCUGUGCAAGGUGAGGCCAUUUUGGAUGAUGUCGAAUUGCAGACAGCACAUCGUGGCGCCGCCGGACAGCCUGCCGCCUGGAUUGAGCAGUGCACCUGUCCCGAGGGUUAUUUGGGUCAGUUCUGCGAGUCUUGUGCGCCAGGUUAUCGGCAUAGUCCUGCACGUGGUGGUCCCUUCAUGCCUUGCAUACCCUGCGAUUGUAAUGGUCAUGCAGAGAUUUGUGACUCGGAGACAGGCCGUUGUAUUUGCCAACAUAAUACGGCUGGCGAUAACUGUGAUCAGUGCGCACGUGGCUAUUAUGGCAACGCUUUGGGCGGCACGCCAUACGAUUGUAAACGUUGUCCAUGCCCCAAUGAUGGUGCGUGCAUGCAAAUCAAUGGCGAUACCGUUAUUUGUACCGAAUGUCCUAUCGGUUAUUAUGGCGCGCGUUGUGAAAUGUGCUCGGACGGUUUCUUCGGUGAUCCAACGGGUCUUUAUGGCGCUGUGCAAACUUGUAAGGCUUGCGACUGCAAUGGCAAUGUGGAUCCCAAUGCGGUGGGCAAUUGUAACCGUACUACUGGCGAGUGUCUUAAGUGUAUACACAAUACGGCCGGUCAGCAUUGUGAUGAAUGUUUACCCGGUCACUUUGGUGAUCCGUUGGCACUGCCACAUGGUCAGUGCGAUCGUUGUACCUGCUACCCACCAGGCACGGAACAAAAUGAGGAUGGCAUAACGCAGUGUGAUCAAGUUACAGGCCAAUGUCAUUGCAAGCCGAACGUGAUUGGUCGUGAUUGCGGCGAGUGUCAACCGGGCUUCUUUAAUAUUAUGUCCGGCAAUGGUUGCGAGAGCUGUAUGUGCGACCCUGUGGGUAGCUACAACUCCACCUGCGACAAAUUAACGGGUCAAUGCUUCUGCAAACCUGGCGUUGUGGGUCAACAUUGCGAUCAGUGUGAGGUUUAUCAUUAUGGCUUUUCGCUGGAGGGCUGCAAGCCGUGUGAGUGUGACGAAAGUGGCUCCAAAGGCUUCCAAUGUGAUCAAUAUGGACAGUGCCCGUGCAAUGACAAUGUUGAAGGUCGCCGUUGUGAUCGUUGUAAGGAGAACAAAUAUGAUCGUCAUUUGGGUUGUAUCGAUUGUCCAGACUGCUAUAAUCUCGUGCAAGAUGCCGCUAAUGAACAUCGCGCCAAGCUGCGUAACCUCAGCUCUACACUGGAUGAGAUUGCACGCACGCCCGUCACCAAUGAUGACGAAUUCGAGGCGAAACUGAAGACGGUGCAAGAAAAAGUUGAUAUCCUCUUAACCGACGCCAAGUAUGGUGCUGGUGAAAGUGGUCAGACUUAUGCCGAAGUCUUGGAUGAUUUACACAAGCGUCUUAACAACAUACGCACUCAUCUCGUGUCCGCCGAUGAACUGCAAGACAAAGCGAAUGCGGAAAUUGAGAAGGCCAGACAAAACUAUACGAAUGCACAUGACAUCAUUGAGGCCGCUAAGAACGAGUUGCAGAACGCAUUGAAUCUACUCAAUGAUGACGGCGCUCAGGCUUUGGCCAAGGCGAAGAAUAAGUCGGUAGAGUUUGGCGUACAAUCAGAUCAAAUCUCAGAAAUAUCGCGAGAGGCGCGUGCUUUGGCCGAUCGCCUGGAAGCGGAGGCGCAAGUCGACCUGAAAAACGCCAAGGAUGCGAAUGAAGCGGUUGAAAAGGCUUAUGAGUUAGCCAAGAGCGCCAUCAACUUGCAGCAGAAAGUCAGCGAUGAACUACGUUCGGAGGUACGUUUGGAGUUGAAUACCGUAAAACAGUCUCUCACAAAUGUCGCUCAAACUACAAAAGAAGCUCUGCGCAAGGCAAACGAAGUUUACGAUGCUGCCUUGACUCUCUUAACAGAUGUCAAUGGACUCACGGCGCCGGAAAUCGAUAUUAAAAAGUUGAAGAAAGAAGCAUUGAAAGCGAAUGAAGAGGCUGAUCGUCUGCUCAAGCAAGUCAAUGAUAUAUCCAAUAGCAAUGGUAAUGUCUUCGCCGACUUUGAUGACGAAUAUCAAUUGGGCGAUCUCUUAAUAGAGAGAUUGGGUGAACAAAAACAAGACGACAUACGCCUCUUGAAUGCCGCACAAGAUGCCUUUGACAAAGCAACGAAAGCUGUGGAGCAGGGAGACAAUACACUAAAGGAAGCCAACAACACAUACCACACAUUGGCAGGUUUCCAGGCUGAUGUACAGAAAUCUUCCGAGAAGGCUGAUCUAGCGCUAAAAACCGUGCCAGGCAUCGAACAGGAAAUCGAAAAUGCCGAACAGUUAAUCCGACAGGCUGGAGAGGCUCUAAUGGGAGCGAAUAAAAAUGCGCUUGAAGCCAAGACCAAUGCACAACAGGCGCAAGAGAAAUAUGCCGAGCAAGCAUCAAAGGAUGCCGAACUUAUACGCAAAAAAGCCAACGAUACCAAAGUAAACGCACGCAAAUUGCGUGACGAAGCCGAUCAGCUCAAUCAUCGUGUACAAAUCACCGAAAGCAGCAUAGUCAAACUGGACAAAUCGGCCAACAAAGACGACAGUCUAGUGGAUGAUGCUAAACGAAAUGUUGGUCAAGCCAAGGCCGGCGCACAAGAGGCACAAAAUCAAAUUGACAAAUCCAUACAAGAGCUGGAUGAUAUCAAGGAAGAGUUGGAAAACCUGAAGGAUAUCAAUGUCGACGAUUUAGAUAAGCUGGAAAAUCGUCUCGAUCAAGUGGAGACUGAGCUGAAUCGCGUCAAUUUGACCGGCCGCAUAGAGAAGUUCCGCGAUUUGCGUAAUGCUCAGCGCAAGUGGAUUGACAAAUAUGAAAAGGAUUUGUUCGAUUUGGAAGAACAAGUGGCCAAUAUACGUGCAAUAGCUCAAGCACUGCCCGAUGGUUGUUAUUCACGUAGCCGAUUGGAGCCAUAAACGAUGCUUGGCAUCGAAAAACACUGCCCGUGCAACCAAUCAGCCAACCAACCAUUCAAUCAGCCAUAGAAUGAAACCCAAAAGAAAUAAAAUCAAAAAACUACAAACAACCGAAAGAAUUUCUUACGCUCCCUAUGAGUUUGCAUACGCAGGACUACAGGUUCUGUGUAAUAAGCCGUGGAAAAUCUAAAUACCUUAUAUAUACAUACAUACAUAGUUGCUAGUAUGAAAAUAUUUUAGUGAAAAAUAAUUAAGUUAAGCUUUAAAAUAUAUACAUAUAUUUUUAAAAUCUAAUUUUUUAUGUAUUCUUCACACGUCUUCUCUCUUGCAACUCUUUAAACUAAGUUGUUAUUCUCGAAAUGAAAAAAAAAAACACAAAUACACCAAACGAAAUAGGACAAAAAAUAUUUUUGCAUGAUUUUUUUAUCCAAAGGGAUGCAAUAUUUUAUAGUAAAACUCUGUAUUAACAAUAAUUGUCACUUAAAGCUGCAAUAUGAACAAUUAAUAUUUUUUAUCUACGUAAAAAAAAAUAAAUAAAACUAAUUAA